GAAUUUUCAAGUCACAUUCAGUUGAUAGGAUGAAAAAAUUCAAGAGACGGCUAUCCCUCACUCUUCGAGGAAGCCAAACUAUUGAUGAAUCAUUGUCUGAAUUGGCGGAACAAAUGACUAUUGAAGAAAAUAGCAGCAAGGAUAAUGAGCCUAUUGUGAAGAAUGGCAGGCCUCCAACCUCUCACAGUAUGCAUUCCUUCCUCCACCAGUACACAGGAUCCUUCAAGAAGCCCCCGUUGCGGAGACCACAUAGUGUUAUUGGAGGAAGCCUUGGAUCCUUCAUGGCAAUGCCCAGAAAUGGAAGCCGACUAGAUAUUGUUCAUGAAAAUCUAAAAAUGGGAUCAGAUGGUGAGAGUGACCAAGCUUCUGGGACAUCAUCUGAUGAAGUACAGUCACCUACGGGUGUUUGUCUUAGAAAUCGUAUACAUAGACGGAUCUCAAUGGAGGAUUUAAAUAAACGGUUAUCAUUGCCUGCAGAUAUCAGAAUACCUGAUGGGUAUCUUGAAAAGUUGCAGAUAAACAGUCCACCAUUUGAUCAACCAAUGAGCCGAAGGUCUCGUAGAGCUUCUUUAUCAGAAAUUGGGUUUGGAAAAAUGGAAACCUAUAUCAAAUUGGAAAAACUUGGAGAGGGUACAUAUGCAACAGUAUAUAAAGGAAGAAGUAAAUUGACAGAGAAUUUGGUGGCGUUAAAAGAGAUCCGGUUGGAACAUGAAGAAGGUGCACCCUGCACAGCUAUAAGAGAAGUUUCACUAUUAAAGGAUCUAAAACAUGCAAAUAUAGUAACCUUACAUGACAUUGUUCACACAGAUAAAUCUUUGACUCUGGUAUUUGAAUAUCUGGAUAAAGAUCUAAAACAGUACAUGGAUGACUGUGGAAACAUCAUGAGUAUGCACAAUGUAAAGCUGUUUUUGUACCAAAUUCUACGUGGUUUGGCAUAUUGCCACAGAAGAAAGGUAUUGCACCGAGACUUGAAACCACAGAACCUACUCAUUAAUGAAAAAGGAGAAUUAAAGCUAGCAGAUUUUGGGCUAGCCAGAGCCAAGUCAGUUCCCACAAAGACCUACUCAAAUGAAGUCGUCACACUGUGGUAUCGGCCGCCUGAUGUGCUUCUUGGUUCCUCAGAGUACUCAACACAGAUCGACAUGUGGGGUGUUGGUUGCAUUUUCUUUGAAAUGGCUUCUGGAAGACCUCUAUUUCCAGGAUCAACUGUGGAAGAUGAACUGCACUUAAUUUUCCGACUGCUAGGAACACCAUCUCAGGAAACUUGGCCGGGUGUUUCUUCAAAUGAUGAGUUCAAGAACUACAACUUUCCAAAAUACAAACCACAGCCUCUCAUUAACCAUGCACCCAGGUUAGACUCUGAAGGAAUCGAGUUGAUAACAAAAUUUCUUCAGUACGAAUCUAAGAAACGGGUUUCAGCAGAAGAGGCCAUGAAGCAUGUGUACUUUCGAAGUCUGGGACCAAGAAUACAUACUUUACCUGAAAGUGUAUCAAUAUUCAGUUUGAAAGAGAUUCAGUUGCAAAAGGACCCGGGUUUUCGAAAUUCUUCUUAUCCAGAGACAGCUCAGUAAUUCUUCAGAGAGAAAUCUGACUCAGUCAAGUCAGGGAUCCUGAAAGCUGCAGAUGGCACAAAGACCUUUUACAAGUGGCCUGGCUUGAUCACUGCACACGCCAUUCCUGGUACCUGAGGCAGAAGACACAUCUUAUGCUUCCCUAGUCAUCAGGUUCAUCACUUCGAAGCAUAGAAGCUGUAGACUGACCCCAUCAACAAAAGGGUCAUUUCAGACAGUGCUGAUCACUCUUACGUGGAAGAUUAGUUUUUGCUGGUGGGAACAUUAGCUUCCUAGAGUCACCAAAUACUGUAUGUGGGAUAAAACUGAACCUUGAACUGCCUCAUAAAAUGACUUUAUAUUUUAGGACAUGGGAAGAACAGAAGACAGAGCAUGCUCUUUUAAGUCUGAUAACAUGGUUUCAAGCCCAGCCCCCAGCCUUUCUUAUCAAUCAAGGACUCAGAUCUGAAGGCAAUUAUUUCUUUUGGUGGACUUGGAAUCUCCGUUUGUCUACACUGUCCUCUUCACAGUGGAGUCUUUUUAUUUCAGACCUACAGAUUGUUUUUAUAUUUGUUGUCACAGUGUGACAAUUUUUUUGUACAGUUGGUUUUAAGGUCUUCUCUGCCAUUAGAGCCAGUAGGUUACAGCUAUUGAUGUAACUGUAGCUGCAAUUUUUGUGCAGGACUGAGAAACACAGUGCAUUAUUUAUUGCGGAAUCAUUGCUGCUAAAUAACUACUGUCUGUUUAUUUAACACAACAGUUAAAUGCCUGAAGAAGUUGCAGUGGCUUUAUUAGAUGUGAAUGCAUCUGUUUCUCCCCAUGAAUUGUUUUACUGCUGCAUUUCUUGUUUGUUUUUAAAAUUAAACUGCAGUGUUUCCUGGAAUGUAAGUUUAGCUUUGCUUAACAGUAAAAUAAGUGAGCCAUCUUGAACACUCUUAAGUUCAUGCUGUAUAAUCUUUCAUUGAACAUCAGCAAAUAGAGUAGCUAAAAAAUUGAUGAGUACAUCAUGUUUAGGAAAGCAUGUGAUGCAGAGGUUGAUUCAAGCAAGUGAAUACCUGACAUGGGGAUCUCACAUUAGAUACCAGUAAUUUAAAGCACCAAAAUUAUUUAUUUUUACCUUGCCUCAUUUUAGAAAUAUUUACUGCAUAUUAUUGGAUAUGUGUAUACUAAUACACUUACCUAUUUUACAUUGUGCUUUAAUUUAGUUAAAACUAAACCAUACAAGUCCAGUGAAAUAUGUGAGGUCUUGUUUUCAUUUUAAAUAUAGUUCUUUUAUUAGAAAGGAUGAUACUUUUGGGGGGAGCCAUUUAUUUCAUUUGGGGGCUGUCUAUAUGCGUGUGUUUUAAUAACAUUCACUUGGAAUCAGCUAAAAGCUGUAAUAUGUCUUUGAAAUGAGCCAUGAUAAAUACAAAUGACAGAAAGGAGAACUGAGGAUUGUUUUAAAGCAUUGUAGGUAUUAAUGUGUUUAUCAGAGAUAGUAAAUAUUACAGUUUCAAUUAUGCAUCUCUUUGAACAUCAUAAACACGCCUUGGUGUUGGUAAGUGUUUUAAGCAUUUGUGUUAACUUUUAAGGACUAUUUGUUUAGUGCAUCUUACAAACUACAAAUCUUAAUUGGUAUAUUUUGAAAUGGUCAUGUAAAUUUUUGGCUUAUAUAUCAUGAAAAUAAUCAUAACUUAAUUUUUUUCCUGAUAUUCACUGUAAAACAUUCAGGGGUCCUACCAUUUCUGUUCAGGAAAUCUUGUAGUUUAUUGUUAUUUAACAGUAUUAAGUGAAUUUUUGUAUAUUUCAUUUUAACUUUAUUUGUGAAUAGUGAUUGUGGCAUGUUUGGGUGUUAUUUUAAUAUUUCAUGAGACAGAAAUUUUAAUUUUUAAAAAAAAUUUUCUGGAAGAAACAGAUUCAUGUGUAAUGGUGAAUAUUGGACCACUACUGCUUUUCACAUUUGUAAAUUGGUUUUAUGUUAAACCCUGUAGCCUAACAAACUGCUGUUAUUUCUAACUGACAGACAUGUAUUAAUAUUGUACUUUGAAGGUUAUAAAUAUUAUGUGGAAAUUCCUCCAUUUUGUUUUGAAAUUUAUAAUAACAAGAUCUUCAUGUUGUUAAAAUGUGG